AUGAAACCCACGGACGGACAGACGCGGCGCAAAGCAACUGUGAACAUUCGUGAUUCCGGUUCGGGAUUGGAGCCCACUCGUCCUUGCUCAGUUCUCAGUUCUCAGUGCUCAGUGCUCAGUGCUCAGUGCUCAGUGUUCAGUGGCUCAGCGCCACAGGAUAUUCACAAAUCACGUAUGGAAGAAAAACGUGGCUUCUGGCAAGGGAGCAGCCUGAAGCGUGAGCGAUGGCGCGCUGUCCGCCUCGACCCGUGCAGGUGCAAGGUGAUUCAAGAUUUGGUCGGCACACGAACAGCCAUGCGCAACUAA